CCGGCGGCUGCUGCUGAGGGGGCUCAGAGUUCUUACUGGACGUGCUUGGCAAGAUGGAGCCACCAACAUCCUCCAGGCUGAAUUCCCGAAAGAGAAGGAAAGAUGCAUCUGGCCCCAAUGGGGCGACAGAGCUGGAUGGAAUCCCUCCCAAAAUGUCCAGACGCUCACUCGGACUGCGGGAACCAGCUCCUUUCUCAGAUGAAGUGGAAAUCGAUUACAGCAAGCCGUACAUCAGAGUGACCUAUGAAGAAGCGAUGAGAGGGACCCCUUUGGAUCGCCCUGUCAGAGUUUAUGCCGAUGGAAUAUUUGAUUUGUUUCAUUCCGGACACGCCCGAGCCCUGAUGCAAGCCAAGAACCUCUUCCCAAACACAUACCUCAUUGUUGGAGUCUGCAGCGAUGAGCUAACCCAUAACUUCAAGGGCUUCACGGUCAUGAACGAAAACGAGCGGUAUGAUGCUGUGCAGCACUGUCGUUACGUGGAUGAAGUGGUGAGAAAUGCACCGUGGACGCUCACUCCUGAGUUCCUGGCAGAGCACAGGAUCGACUUUGUUGCACACGAUGACAUCCCCUAUUCCUCUGCUGGCAGUGAUGAUGUUUAUAAGCAUAUAAAAGAAGCAGGCAUGUUUGCACCGACUCAGAGGACGGAGGGGAUCUCAACGUCAGACAUCAUCACGCGGAUCGUGCGGGACUACGACGUGUAUGCCAGGCGGAACCUGCAGCGGGGCUACACAGCUAAAGAGCUCAACGUCAGCUUCAUUAACGAGAAGAAAUACCACCUCCAGGAACGUGUGGAUAAGGUGAAAAAGAGAGUGAAGGAUGUAGAAGAGAAGUCAAAGGAAUUUGUCCAAAAAGUGGAGGAGAAGAGUAUUGAUCUCAUUCAGAAGUGGGAAGAGAAGUCCCGGGAGUUCAUUGGCAAUUUCCUGGAAAUGUUUGGCCCAGAAGGCGCAUUGAAACACAUGCUGAAGGAGGGCAAGGGCCGGAUGCUGCAGGCCAUCAGCCCAAAGCAGAGUCCCAGCAGUAGCCCCACACACGACCGCUCCCCAUCUCCCUCCUUCCGCUGGCCCUUUUCAACCAAGACUCCUCCUUCCUCGCCUGCCAACCGCUCCAGGAACGAGUCCACAGUCACCUAUGACAUCAGUGAAGAUGAAGAGGAUUAAGCUACCAGCUGGGAUGCACUGCGAACCGCUAAUCGCUGAAUCCUAAGUCUGGAUCCACCGGGGAACUCUAAAUGAGCAAGGGAGCCGUAGAACAGGGCUGAUGGUGAGCACAGGGCCUUGGAGGCACCCGUUUCUCUUAGCAAGGGCUGCUGCCUGGAAGCACAUUCAAACCUCCUCUCCCUUCUCCCUAAAACCCCUUUUUAUUGUUUACGUUCUAGUGGUUUCCAGGGGGAAGAUGGGUUUUAUAUUUUAAGAAAAUACCCUUUUAAAAAGUGCAAAGAAUAGCACUCGUGUGGCUUUUGUUUUGGUUUCUUUUCCGUUACCUCCAGGCAAGAGGCAGAGCGGGAAGACCCAGCUGUCUCUUUUUUCCUUCAGCCCCUCUGUCUUAUUCCUCCCACCUCCAGGCAGUGUCCAUACCUCUACCAAACGAAAGACCCCUCGGUUCCACAACCAGCGUGACCUCAAGAGCACGCAGCAAGCGAUAGUGUAAAGAGGCUUCUAGGAAAUAGAGACAUCUCUGCUGCACCAGAGCUGAUAACAAUCUGUCCAGCAGAGCCUCUAGUGCUCGUGUGCCUCAUAGCUGAGCUUCCCGGCGUGUGGCGGUGAGGACGUGCUGGGCGGGGGGCUGCCAGCUUAGCACGCAGGAGCUACGCCCUGGAAGAACUCACAGCACCGUAGAGGUGCACAGCCAGCAUUCACAGCUCCAGGUUGUGUAGCAGCUGCAGGGGAAAGGCCUUCCCAGCUAAUCGUAACAAGAAUGCUACAUCUUGAGCUAAAUUCAGUCCUCAGUUGCUGUUGGAGAGAAGAGAAUGAAUCUUGGCUUCGGGGCACUUGUCUGUGCGUUUCCUUGGGCACAAGAGAGCCCAGGUAGAAAAACCAACGUGUGUACUCCUUUGAGAAGCUCCUUGUCCCAGUCUCUGGUCUGUACUAGGUUUUGCUGUCUGUCCAAAUGGCCCCUCAACACUAUGCUUUGUGCGUGUUUGUGUUUCAGUUGCUGUGCUCCAAGGGGCUGGAGCAGCCCUGUGCACUGGUGCCAUGACGUCGCUGCUGUAAAGACAGAAUGUGAAUUUGUGUCAGUGUGAGCAUCACAGAAUUGGUACAGCCAGUUUGCUGUCUGCGUUCGUGCCUGCAGCUGGACAGAUGCAGGGCACGUUUUAGCCCAGUCAAGGGUCCUGGUCCCAUGUGACAGUUACCUGCCCUGGGCAACGACAGUGCCCACUUACAGUGCCCCUUGAGGCAAGCCAGGAAGAGCUCAGAGUGCUGCAGCUUUUUAAGAUGUUAACCAUGUAACCUGCUCAUUUGAAACCGUGGUCUAAGUCGUGCCUGCUGCUGUGUCUAUAACCAACACUUUGAAGCUUUGCAGCCCACAGGUUCCUGCGGGCAGUUGCCCUCCCCAUGCUGCCUGUGUCUGCACAGAUCCCAGGUCCCAGCAGCCAGCGCUAGAGGGACAAGCUGUGAAGACCCCACUUGCUUUUCUGCUCGGGUUUGCCUGGGGUGCCUGUCGUCUCUGGGUGGAGCUGCUGGGCUGAGCUGCCUGUAUCCUGCAAUACUGGGAGCAGAAAAGACGACUUGGAGCCUGGUCAGCAAUACUGCAGGGGGGUCUGCAGAGCGAUGUGUGGGGCUCGGGGAGCAGUGGGUGCAAGGAGGCAAAGCAUCAGGUGCUGCCAUAGGUUCUGCACAGUGCAGUGCUUCCAGGGGAUACAGGGGUCCUGUGGUAAGAGCAGGCUGACACUUCUUUCUAGCUUUUAUCUUGCUAAUCCUUUGUCACGAUGCCCAAAGGGCUUGAUAGAACUCUGUGCUUCUGUUGAGGCCAGAGCCAGUAUGGAAAAGGGCAUCUUGGGGAUUCCUCAUCUGCCACUCAGUCAGCUCAGCAGGAACGUGCAGCGGCUCUAGGAGUGUGGCCUGGCUGCUAGGAAUUUUAAGCUGUAAGGAACAAAUAAUGGUCACUUGGUACAAGCCAGUUGUUAAUCCCCUGGUUUAUGAGUGGUAGAGCACUUACUUUAUAUCACCUACAUUCCCUCUUCCCUCAUCUUUCCCACCUUCCUUUCCUCACCCUUCCCUUGGUAUGAAGGUUGUGUUGCUUUCCCGAGCCAGAUCACAAAGACCAGGCUACUUUCGAGCCUUACUACUGUUUCAAACACAAGUUAUGCAACAGUGUUCUGGAAGUGUAGAUAACGAAUGGUGGUUUGUUCUGCAGAGACCUUAAUGCAUUUCUUGGGCUCUCUGCAAAACCUGGGGUGCUUGGUAAGAAGUCAGCCGUGGUUUUACAUGUAGCUUGGAAUAACAGAGCUGUAUCUUGUAACCAGUAAUCCUUGCUUCCUCCUUGCACUUAAAUUAAAUUGAACACUCA